UUUUCCAACUCCUACUGGUCGCCGAACUACCACGAGGGGAUUACUAGCCUCUCACAGCAGUCUGCCGUGUCGCUAAAGCAGCUCCACGACCUCGAGCGCUUGGUCGAGAGCUACGUCAAUUACUAUACAAAAAACUCUGAGUUGCUCAGCAACAUGUCGAUUGAGCUCUAUGGCCAGAGCAGUGGCUUCCGGGCGAAUGCCCAUGCGGAGAUUGGUGCCCCGAGCCUCAUGAGCAUCGGCAAGAAGCUCGCGGCGGCGAUAGCACCGGAGCUGGCGGAACUGACGCGGGUGGAGGAACCUGACACCUCCGAAACGCAGAAGACGACGCUCAAUGGGUUUUACGAAUCUCACAUGGACUUGUUGAGUGAAGAGUCGUUCAGCAUGACGAAUUUGGCCAAUCUGUUGGACAAAUCGGUGUUGUAUGAGUUGAAACGAUUCAUCGGCGAACACGAAGCGACGGUGAGGAGCAUGCUCCUGGAUUUGGCCCUCUCAGCCAAAACCUACGAUGCCUGUUUCAAGCACUUGAUGAAAUACAAGACGGAUUACGACACCAGGAUUGCCAAUACCCCCGAGGAGUCGAUUGAAGAGGAGCCAGUGGCCCCUGCUGCUCCGCAGACCCUCGAUACAGAAUUUACGUUCCCGUUGAAGCUCGGAAACAGUAUCUUCUCCUCUGACGAGCUCCUAGAGCUCUUCCGCCGCCUUUUCACGGAGAUUGCGACGACAAAGCGGAAGAUCCCAUUGCCUGGGUACACCAACCUCUUGUUCUCAAGCGAAGCCUUAACGAAGUGGUUACGGAAGAACCGGUUCCUGACGGAGAACUCACGUGCUGCGAUUGAAAAGUUCGGCCAGGACUUGCUCGAGUUGGAGUUGGCCAAGUCGGCGAACGCCUUUUUCCUGGCCAGGAAGUUCAAGUCUGAUGGAAUGUGGUUGGAAUGGACGGAUUUGGCUGUGUACCUUGGAGAGUACGAUGCUGAUAAGGUUGAGGAGGUGCCUGAUGUCUCAAUCAACCUUGGCGAGUUUUACGGAAAGUUCACGCAAAAGUUGGUCAAGGCAGGUAAACCAGUCCGGCUUGCCAAGCUCGAGGCCCUGUACAACGAGGAGUACCUCCGGUUUGUCGAAUUGAAAGGGAAGCUUGAAAUAGCCAUCACCACUGCCAGUCAACGGCUCCAGGUGUUUGAGUAUGACAAAAUUGGCGUGAUCUACAAAGCGCUUGCCAGCUUGUCCGGCCAUUUGUCCGACCACGCGAUGCAAUCGGCCCAUCAGGUGCAGAAACUAGCGGAGUUCCAGCUCAGUAACGCGGUCAUUACCAAUUUCCGCCGCGAGUUUGACUUAUCGUUGGAUAAAACGGCCACAGGAGUGUACUUUCCCACCAGCUUUCCACCGGAAUUCACGUCAUCGGUCCAGUCCAGCCUCAACUUCCAGAACCUCCACCUCCGAUUCAACUUGUACGCAGACAUCUCACUCCAGCCAACGUUAAGCGAUGUCAGCGGUCUCAAUCCCGGCGAGAUCUCGCCGAUUGUGGAAGACCCGUGCAUGCGGUCCUUGCCGCUAUUUGUGUUUAGUAUUGUGGGCUCUCUCGAUACGAAGGAUGCAAGUGACGCCGAGUUGGAAUAUCUCAGAUCCCAAUGGCUGGCCCCGUUCGACAUCAAGGAUGCGUAUCGCACCAAAUAUGAGGUUCUCAAAGUCAUCCAGGGCUUCCAGCCGAGUCCUGAAAUAACCGUUGAGCCUCCUCUCUCUGCGCUUCAUGCCAAGGUUAUUGACAAGAUUAUCGGUUACUUGAUCGCGCACAAGACGAAGCCCCAGAUUUUGAAUUUUUUCAAACAGUGGUUGCUCGAGCUUAGCGACUCACUCAUCCCGUUCAUGGUCUACGACAUGGUCAAGAAGGCGUAUGAGCAGUCGCUUGUGGACGAGAACCAGAGACAAGAGGAGUUGGGAAAAAUGUUUUCCUCCGUUCCGCGUCACAACUUGAGUUCCUUGGUGUUUUUGCUCAACCACUUGGUGUCCUUGUUUCCGACUCUUGCCCAACAAGAUGAUUUUUACGAGAACGCACCAAUUGCCAAAUUGAAUGGCGUCGCGGAACCCGGUGCCGUGCCGUUUAUUCAUUUGAUUUUCCGUCCGUCUGUGUUGCGUAGCUCUACCGGUUUCAAGCCCGAUCUCCCGUUCUACAAUACGUUGUUGGCAGAUCUCGUGAGUGAGAAUGUCCGUACCAAAUUGGUUCUGUUGCUAGAGUCUCGCGAGGAGCAGUACGCUUCGAAGCGCCACAGUCAGACAGUUUCCUUGGGCCCCCGUAUCACCAAAACCGAAGUCGAGAGCGCCCCUCCGAGACCUCCACCAAAGGCGAACAAUGUGAAUCGUUUGUCGACUGACAAUAUCACAUUGAGACCGUUUCGGGUUACGUCUCCGGCUGCCACGCCUAGCCUGUCCCCCAAAAGCUCACCC